CACGCGUAAACCAUUUGCUUCUUAAACACUCAUUCCCACGCUACGGAACUCACUCACUCUUCUCCUCAGUCCUCUCCUUCGCCAAUUUUGAAUUUCCAUUUCCAUUUUCAUUUCAUUUGCAUUUGCAUUUGCAGAUUCCUUCUUGACUCGUCACUCACUCACUCAAUGGCCGACCGAGUUCACCCUGACAACACGCCUCCCGCUUCCGCCGAAGAAUCACAACCGCCGCCGCCGAAGAAUCCCAACGCCGCUCCGCUACAGCCUCCGCCGUCGCAGAAUCCGCCGGUAUCCUACGUCAUCCACAUUCCCAAGGACCAAAUCUACCGCGUCCCUCCGCCGGAGAACGCCCGCCGCUACGACCAAUACACUCGCCGGAAACACCGUCCGAACCGAUGCUGCCGCUGCCUCUGCUGGCUCAUCGGACUCAUCGUCGUCCUCGUGGUGCUCCUCGGCAUCGCCGCCGGCAUCCUCUACCUCGUUUUCCGCCCCGAGGCGCCGAAUUACGGCAUCGAAAGCAUCGCGGUCCGAGGAAUAAACCUGACAUCGGCGUCGGCAGCGGCGGCGAUCUCGCCGGUGUUCAAUGUCACCGUGAAGGCCGAUAACCCUAACGACAAGAUCGGAAUUCAUUACUUGAAGGAUAGCCACGCCGAAGUCUUUUACGCUGACGUGGAGCUCUCUAACGGCGCUCUGCCCGCGUUUUACCAGCCGUCAAAUAACGUGACGGUGUUUCGGACGGUGUUAAAGGGUAACGGAAUCGUGCUGAGGAGCGAGGACCGUAGAGCGUUGGUGAACGCCGUGACCAAACAGAAAGUGCCGUUGACCGUUAGGAUUAGGGCGCCGGUUAAAAUAAAAGUGGGGUCCGUUAAGACGUGGAAGAUUACCGUUAGGGUGGAUUGUGACGUGACGGUGAAUGCGCUAACGGCGAAUGCUAAGAUUGUUUCUAAGCAUUGUAAUUAUGGUGUGGAUCUUUGGUGAUCAAAACGUGCUUUCUUAGAGUUAGGACUUACGACUCCAACGUUAAUUCUUGAGAUUAUUCAUUCUUUAUAUUUAAUAUAAUUAUACCCAUAUUUGCAUACAU